CAGAAUUAACAAAAUUUCAAUGCCGUGUGUCGUAAUGGUAAUGGUAAUGGUUCUUCUCAGAAACUUUAUCCACUUGCGAGCGUAGUUGCGCUCGCAUCAAAUCAGUAAUAAACGAAUUACCUUAGGUGUAACUUGUGAUAAAAAUGUUUGUUUUGUGCAAUAAAAGUUGGUGUUGUUAUUUAACUAAAUGUGAAUUAUUGAAUAAGUUUUAAGAUUUGACAAUGUAUUGGACAGUUCACUUAGACGGGGGACCCCGGCGCGUGAAUCACGCCGCUGUUUCGGUCGGGGAGCUCAUUUAUUCCUUCGGUGGUUAUUGCAUAGGAUCUAGUUUUCAAGAGACUGAAUUAAUGGAUGUUCAUAUUUUAAAUUCAAACAAUUAUAGGUGGACUUUAUUAACCCACGAUAGUGAAUUAAAAUCUAACAACAUACCUUUUCAAAGAUACGGUCACACUGCAGUGGCUCAUGGCCAAAAUAUUUACGUUUGGGGAGGUAGAAAUAACAUGCAAGCAUGCAAUAUUUUAUAUUGCUUCGAUACCACGAACAAUCAAUGGUCAGCGCCCCAAGUCAGAGGAAUCGUCCCAGGAGCAAGGGAUGGACAUUCAGCGUGUGUUAUAAAUAAUAAAAUGUACAUAUUUGGUGGUUUUGUAGAACAUAUCCAAAAAUUUUGUCAAGAUGUUUACUAUUUAGAUUUGACCAUAAUGAAAUGGAAUUAUGUGUGCACUACAGGGGAACCGCCUUCAUAUAGAGAUUUUCAUACGUCAACUCCUAUAGGUAGAAGAAUGUAUAUAUUUGGAGGACGAGGAGACAGGAAUAGCCCUUACCAUUCUUCACAAGAAUUGUAUUGCAAUGAAAUGAAAUAUUUGGAUACUGACAAUGCUACCUGGUAUGAAUCACCAGUUGCGGGUGAAGUACCCAUAGGAAGAAGAAGUCAUUCUGCUUUUGUUUACAAUAAUAUGAUAUAUAUCUUUGGUGGAUAUAAUGCUCUAGAAGAUGAACAUUUUAAUGACAUAUAUUGUUUUUGCCCUAACACUAAUGUAUGGAAUUCUGUAAAAACUUUUGGGCGAUCUCCAUGCCAAAGAAGGAGGCAGGCUUGCGUUUUAGUAGGAAACAAAUUAUAUUUAUUUGGAGGAACAAGUCCAAAGACGACGGCAAGGUUUCAUACACAAAGACAUUUGGAUGAUAUUGACAGCCAUGCAUUGAUUAAUCAUGGUGAUUUACAUGUACUAGAUUUUAUGCCUUCUUUACAAACAUUGUGCAUAAAUAUUGUGAUCGAACAUAGGCUAGACCAAAGACAUUUACCGCCAAUGGUUCAAUGGGAUAUUAAAGCUAUGACAACACAAAAUAGUAUAAGCCGACCUAAACAUAGUGCUGGAUAAAUAAGAAACAUAGGUUAAGAACAAAGA